CAUAACCAUUUCUCACAUGAGUAUCAAAACAAUUUGCUUUGCUUCAUUCAGCACUGAAGCCACCUGCAACAAAAGGGCCAAUAUUCAUUGCCCCCUUCAUAUCGGACCAUCUGUUGCCAUCUGUUACUUGGGUACCCAAGCUGGCCAUGGAAUUAGAGCCAGGGGCCGGGCCGGGCUCACUCACACGGCCCUGCUCAAAAUGCCGUGCUCGAGAAACGACAUUAGAGAGCAGAUCCCACGCGGUAUGCAAAGACUGUUUCAUGAACUUCGUCGCUACAAAAUGCAUCAAACAAAUAGGCCUCCUCGGCAAGGAGACCCGUCCUCCUCCGCCCGCAUCCGGAGGCCCGCCUACCGAAACCCGCCGGUACCUUCUCGGACUUUCGCUGGGCGUGUCUUCGACCGUCCUCCUGCACCUCCUCAACGAGAACAUCGAAUUCCAACUUGCCAAGGGCCGCAACGCCCCCUUCGAGUUGGUAGUCAUCCACGUCGACACCAGUCUGUUUCUCCCAGAUCAGAACGGGCAGUCUCGUCUCGCCCCCGCCCUUGACGCCUACCGCCAGCGAUACCCGCGCUUCACUUUCCACUGCAUCCCGCUCUCCUCCACCUUGGACCUUAGCAGUACGAACCCCGACGACAUAGACUGGUCCUCACUCCCUUUCCGUUCCCCCUUUUCCCAAAGACAAGGGUCAUCAGACUCCGAACCAUCACCGCCACAACCAUCCAUAGACGACACCGAAAAAACCCUCCAAACUCUUCUCGCCUCGCUCCCCUCAGCCGCCUCCCGCGCCGACAUCGUCCGCCUCCUGACCCGCCACGCUCUCGUCUCCCAAGCCCACCAGCACGGCUGCCAGGCCCUGCUCCUCGGGCACAGCACCACGGCGCUGGCCGAGCUGACCCUGGCCGAGGCGGCCAAAGGCAGAGGGUUUUCCUUGCCGUGGCUGGUCCGCGACGGGCCCAGCCCGACAGACGACGACGAGGACGACGACGACUUUUCUUCUUCAAUUCCAGAUGACCACACUGCUACCGCUAGUGUAAACCCUACGUCAAAUCAUGCAGGAGGGGGAAAGGACCGGGGAAGGAGGAGGAGGUUAUUAAUCUACCAUCCGCUAAGGGAACUGCAGCGGCGGGAACUCGCAACGUACGCCUCGCUGACCGAGCCGGCACUAACCCCCCUCCUCGGUCUCGCAUCGCCAUCACUAGACAAUUCCAACAGCAGCAACAACAGGAUAGUCUCGCACAAGGACCUGAGCAUCGAGGAGGUCAUGGCGCGGUACUUUGGCGAGGUCGAGGCCGAGUACCCCUCGGUGAUUGCCAACGUGGUGCGGACGGCGGGCAAGUUGGUGCCGCGGGAAGUUACGGAGCACGAGGGGGACAACAACGAUGAUGAUGAGGAUGAUUAUGAGGAUGAUGGAGAAACAGCAGGAGGAGAAGGGAGUAAGAAGAAGAGAAGAGAAGGAAGGUGCGGGCUGUGCAGGAUGCCGCUUGACCUGGCUGGGGAUGAGCGGUGGCGUGGCGAGUUGGGGGAGAAGAAGGAGAUAAGCCUCCAGGGGCGGAAGGGCAGGUCCAGGUUGUGCUAUGGGUGCGAGAGGUCUACUGCUGGGUAGCUAGGUAUGUAGGUAGCUACCUUCGGCUGCCUCUUGGUUGUAUAUACCAUAUGGUUUGGUAGGUGCGCGAUUUUGAGGAGCCGCACUUGAAUGUGGUAUCUUGAGGCGGGAGACUGGAUUGUCCUACUCCCGCCUGCUCUCUAACAUAGGCAUCUUGUAUGUGACCCCGGUAUAUACAAUGCCAAAGAAGGACUAAACGCUAAUUGCCCUUUUCAUACCCAACGCCAGUUGAUGUGGUUAAAAUAAAU